AUUCACCAUGGAAACGCACAUUAAUAAAGUAUGCAAAACAGCUUUUUAUCAUCUCCACAAUAUUAGAAGAAUUAGAAAAUACCUAUCACCUGAGUCAGCGGAAAUUCUGGUUCACGCGUUUAUCACCACAAGGUUGGAUUACUGCAAUAGUUUGCUGUUUGGACUGCCGCAGUAUCAGCUGGCCAAAUUACAACGGGUGCAGAAUGCUGCGGCCAGGCUUAUCUGUAAACUACCUAGAUUUUGCCAUAUUACACCUGUACUUUGUAGUCUCCACUGGCUUCCAAUUAAUUAUCGUAUCGAAUUUAAGGUCUUAUUAAUCACGUUUAAGGCAAUUCAUGGUAUUGCGCCUGAUUAUAUUUGCAACAUUGUAAACGUUAAAAAGCCCUCGAGGUACAAUUUACGUAAGGGAGCGGUCAUUAAUUAUUAGGGGGGGAGGGCCGGUAAAAUAUCUAAAACGAGGGCCCAAAAAUGUUGACCCCCUUUCAAAUUAGCGCCCAAAAAUUUUAGCCCCCCACAAAAUAAUAGCCCAGAAAAUUGUGACCCUCCCCUUCCUAAGAUAGCUUCCUUCCAAUCGGUCAAGCAUCAAACAGCAACAUAAUUUCGUGAAUAAAAUAUGGCUAUAUAGUAUAAAACACUCCUAUUCAUGCAUAAAAUAGUACAUCAUUUGAAAUCUUUAUGUAAAUUAGUCUAUAGCGCUAACUGGCUCGUCCCUUCCAUGUCCGGCAAACUCUACCAGAUCUUGUGGUCUGCAAAAGGUUGGAAAUGUUUUCUUCCUCCUCCUCCUCUUCUCCCGCAUCACCUUCAUAGAUUUGUCCUUCAUCGUCGUCGGAAUCAAUAUCAUCCUCAUCACUUCCAAUCUCCUGCACGACAACAUCGUCGUCACCAGAAUCCUGGUCGUUACUAUCUCUGUCAUCAUCAGAAAGUUGACGGUUAUCAGGGACUAGCAACUUUGCUAUGUCAAGUGAUACGAUAUCGACUUUUUCUUGCUUUAACGCCCCUUUCGACUGCUUCAAAUUUCUCAUUGAUAUAUACAUGUCCAAUACAACAACUUUCAGUUUCUUUAUUUUUCCUUCCCUGUAAAUAGCUUUCCAGUUGUAAUCUUCAAAGGUCUUUCUCUUUUCUUCCAGAUUUGCGCGCUUUCUGCUAUCUUCCCUCUUUUUUUUUCCUUCUUUCUAGUUCGCGAAGAUGUUCCAGGUACUGUGUAACCAGCCUUUUUCCACCACAUACUUUUUGCUGAACUCUUCCACGUCGUCAUCGUCAUUCAUAUUUCAUGUCGGUCCAUACUGGGAAACCUCUGGAUGUAUACCUUACUGUCAACCAAUAUGUGACUCAGACUGAUUACGUAUAUGUUUUUAUACUACAGACCAUAUAUUUGUAAGAUUUCCGUUUGUUAGAUUUUAUUGUGCCGCAUAUUAUUGACAUGAAACAAUGUACACCAUAUUGCUGAAAUUAGCAAUGAACUUUACAGGCUCGGCAAGUGAGGAAAUAUAUGAGUAUCAACUAGUUGUUAUACUUGACAUUACAUGUAUAAAAUAUGAUUUAUUAUCGUUGGUGAAAGAAAUUGUUCUGGCGUUGGUGAAAUAAAUUUCGUUUUAAUUAUCUCUGCAUGGAAGCCUUCAUUCAUUAUCCGUGUACGGGCCCAUUGAAUUGGUCAUUGAAAUAUAACUUUUUUUAAUGAAAUAGGUGCCCAAAUAUUUGUGGCCCUCCCUUCUAGAUGGGCACAAAAAAAUUUGGCCCUCCCCAAAAGGGGGUCCAAAAAAUG